AAAGCGGGGAGAGCGAAGCAGUGCAAGAAGAAGAAACAGACGACACGGCUCCCUGGGUGGGAACGCAGUCUACCUCGAAAAGUCGUUCCUCUCGAAAAAAAGCUCGUGUUUAUGGAGGAGCAAAAGGUCGGUCUCUUUUCGCCUGUUGAGGAGUCGUUCUUGCGGAAACGGCCGCGGACACCGCAGGGACGGAAACCGAGGCCUUUCUCCUUUUUGGAAGCGAAGUGCAUGCAGCCGGUGUGUCUCGGAAAAAAUUGAACAAAGAACGAAAAUGAGGAUCUUGCCCGAAGCCACGCGCGAGUCUGGACGCCGAGUAAAGGGCGGACGACCAGAGCUCAGGAGAUGGCGGAAAGGAGCGCAAUGCAGUGUUUUUCCGUUUGCUGAAGAAAUGAAAAGAAGGGUGGGUGUUCUUGACAGAAUGUGGAGACAAGUGGAAGAAGGAAGAAAAUUUGCUGGGUUGAGGACUCGGGCGUACGCAGCGGCCUUCUCCACUGACUGGAGCGAGGCGUCCGUUCCUUGUUCUUUUCCUCUUCGAUCUUCCUAUUCUUGUUCUUCCAAUUCGUGUUUCUCUCAUUUUCGCUCUUUGUCUCAUUGUUCCUCCUCUUCUUCUCCCUCUGUCUGCUCUUCCUACUCUUGUUGUUCUUCUCGUUUUUUCUGUGGUUGUUCCUCGUCGUUUCGAGUUCCUCUCGAAUCCUACGGUCCGUCGUCCUUCCACGUCCCUGCAACUCCCUCCCCUCUCGUUUGCGGCUCUUUGAUCUCGCGUUCUUCUUGUUCGUCUCCCUGCCUGCUCCUCGCUUCUCGCGCUUCCACCUCGGCUGUCUCUGCAGGGCUGCUCUUGACACCUCUGGCCUCCAAUGUUCAGCGUUCCUCCCCAACCUCUCUGUCUCGCUUUUCCGUGGCUUCGUCACCUUGCACUUGUCGCAGAUCAGCGAUCCCUGGCUCCUCUCUUGUCUAUUCUGUUUCGUCGAUGUUUUCCUCGCCUUCGGGGGUCUCCUCGUCUGCCGGUCCAACUUCGUCUCGCUAUUCGUUUCGGCGUUGUUCUGUCUUCUCUCUUCUGCCGUCUUCGAACGCAUCGCCUCUCUCUUUCCAGGAUAAGCCUUGUUUUCGUUCGUCAUCAUCGACAAAUGCAUCUCGAUCGCCCCCACCUGCCGUUUGCUCUUCCGACCCUCCGCUGUCUCCUCCGUCUCUCGCCUCUGCUCGCAGUCCUCGAAUCAGGGCGUCUGCCCUCUCCCGCUCCUGCACUUUCUUCUCUACCACAUCGUUCUCUGUGUCGCCUCUCCCUGCUCUUUCCUCUCUAAAAAUAACGUCACGCGUCUGUUUUGUCUCAUUCUCUUCUUCUUCGGCGAGCUCUUCUCUCUCUUCCGCGCCGAGAGGCGUGCAACCUUCGUCGUCUUCUCUCUCGAUGGCAGCAGCGUCUCUGUCGGUGAAUCUCGCUGCUCAAGGUCGCCUGGCUGUCACAGCGCCUUCUGUCGCUUCACUGCCUCCGUCUUCGUCGCUGUUGGCGCGUCGACAAGACGAGACAGACCGUCUCCUUCGAGCGAUUGCAGAACUGACGACCAUGGAAGACUCUCUCGCCUUCUUCUCAGACAACAAGAACCAGCUGCGGCCGGCCGUCUUCCUCGCGCUUCUGAAGCGCAUGCAGUUGAUCGCGACUGCGCAUCUGGUGAAGCAAGCGUCGCGGCAUGAGGGAAAGAAGAAGCGACAACCCACAGGCGAGUCAGGCAUCUACGAGGAGCCCCCGCCGUCUGCUCAGGACGGCUCACUGAAGUCCGCCUCUUCCCCAACUGCGUUGAGUGUACGUCCACCGCAUGCCAAUGUCUUUCGCGCCUACUUUCACCGGUUUCCGCGAUUUCGAGAGGUCCAGCGCUUGCUGCUAAGCAAAGUAGAUUCCUUUCCUGUAGCGGAUCUCCUCUCAUCCCUCGACAUUCUGCAGGAACUGAACGUGUGUCCCCGCCUCCUCCUUCGCGCCGCUGCUCCGCUGCUUCUCCAGCAGCUCCCUCAACUGUCUCUCGAGCAGGUCGUCCAGCUCCUUACGGUGUACGUACACCCCAACAGCGCCGGGCCCCACGGCGAGCCGAGCGUCGGCGCCGGCACCUCCACCGUCGCGCGAGAAGUGACUCACUGGCUGCACGCGUGCGGCGGCCGUCUAGGAAAACUGGACGGUGCGCUUCUUGCGGAUCUGGCAGAUGCAGGGAGUCGGAUGCCGAUUAACCAAGUCGCCCUUCUGCGUCUUCUUCUCUCUCCAGUUCGCCAGCGCAUGCACUUGAUGAAUGCCAAACAGCUGUCUCUUGUGUUGCAUGCCUACGCGAAGCAUCCGACUGCCGGCGAUGACUUUGUGCUCCACCAGGGACUGACUCUUCUUCUGUCUCGCCACUCCAUUCCGGCCAUGUCGCUGAAUGCGGCCCUCCGCUGCAUCUGGGCGGGAGCCGCUGCAUGCAGCCCCAGUGGGAUGGGGUGCGCCGGCCGCUCUCCGACUCCUUCGCUGCAAAAGCAGCAACACAGCGAGCAUUUGAAACUCUUGGAAAUUCUUUUGAAGCGUGCAGAGCCCGCUCUCUUGCUCCACGCAGACCAGCUCGAUGGCCAGGCUGUCGCGACGCUCGUCUGGGCAUGCAGUCGAGGUGGCGCCUGCCUCGGCUCCUCCGACCUGCUUCAAAUGCUUCAUCGCCGGGCGCUCAGGGUCCACUCGCAGAUGAGUCCACAGGGCCUCUCCAACACGCUCUGGGGUUUCGCCACCACCCUCGGCCGUAUGGUUGACAUCCGCGCACCCCCCGAGGCUGCGGGCGCCGCAGCAAUCGAUCCUGACAUCGCCGAAGACACCGAAACUGUCUCUCUCCACGAGAUGUUACAAGGACCCAAUGAUGCCGGUGAACAGUCAAGCGAGCGCCCAUCUUCCUCCUCCGCAACAAGUCGAAACACCCUUUCCUCUGCUGAACUUUCCAACUCCAAAGCUGCUUCCACACCUGUGAGUGGAGAGACUCUCUGCGUCGCUCUUUUCCAGCAGGUGGAGCCUCAAGUUCUUCGCUCGCUCGCCCGUUUCGAGCCUCAGGACUUGGCGGUUUUGUCAUCGGCCUACGCUCUGCUUCGCUGCGGCAGCGAGGGGUUCCACGCUGCUGUGCAACAGGUGGUGACCGAACACUGGGCUGACGAGUUGAGUGCCGACCAACUCGUACGUAUCGUGUAUGCCUAUGCCGUUUUACGCGGGAGCAGUCGCAUGUUCAGCGCCGUUCAAGUCAACCUCCUUCGACGCCUCGAAACCUUCACUGUUCAUGGACUCUGCGAUGUCAUUUGGAGUUACGUCGUCAUGCGCUACUUGGACCCCCAGUUCCUCGAGAUGUGUCUCUCCCUUGUUCCCCUGGACCGAGUGGCUGGCGACGACCGAUGUGCCUUGCUGUACCCUGCGGCUUCGGAGAUUGCCCUAGCGUUGCCCACUAUGGACCAAAUUCGUCUGCAGCGCAUGCGCAAGUACACUCGAGAGGCGUUUUGGGAGAUGCAGUUGUUCGAUUUUCCUUCGGCCUUCGCCUCCUCAGUUGCCCAAACCGCUCGCAUGUUGAGGGUCCUGUCCUGUGUGUCAAGCGUGACCUCGCAAGGAUCCAAGCUUCAUACUGGAGACACAGCAGCAGGAGACGAACUUCAGGAAGGUGACAGCAACGAAAAGGAAGGCGAGGACACGGCGAGCGCCACAACUUUCGACGAGAGUUGUGGAUCUUUCUCGGGUGCGAAUCGUGUAGUUGAAGCAUUCGACUUUGAGGGAUACUUCAUAGAUGUGUGGUUACAACAGACGUCUGGACACGCGCGCGCAAGUCGCCUUGAAGACGAGGAUGUGAGUGACUCUCAACGCAGUCAGACGACGAAUGCAGAGAGGAAGUCCAGCUUCUCUCAAGCGGCGAAGAACGAGACGUUCAAGACUCUACUCGAGAGCGGUGUGGCGCUUCUCUGCCACACGCACGCAACUGUACACCGAGAGACAGGGAAACCGCUAGGGUCAGCGAUGAUGCGCCACCGGUAUCUCAAACGAAGAAAUGUGCCAACAGUAAACGUCCUCUGGGAUGUGUGGAAGAUGUUGCCUACAACAGAGGCUAGGGUAGAAUAUCUUUCUAAGCAAAUCGUCCGGGCUUUGAGAGAAGAAGAAGCACGUCGCGCGUCGCAUGCCCUCAAUCGGGUUGGUCAUGGUUCCAAAGCGCACUCUGGGUAAUCAGGCGUUGGCGCUGGUUUCGGGGCCCAACUGCUGGGGUGUUAUGCCUCUAAGAAUGCAGCAAGUCAGUAUUUGUCGGAGCAUAACGCUCGUUAACACAGUAGUCUGUGGAUUUUCUGUCUUACAUCGUGUCUGCACGAGAUAACCGCAGGCUUAUUUAGCUGCCACUAAGUGAAAAUCACGUACUCUGCACGCCUCUCAUGCGAUGUUAGGGUGUUGAUAGGCUGGCGCGUUGAUCUCUGCAUAAAACGCCCUCAAAUGUCUUCAACGGUUUGACGUUUUAUUAUUCAACAACCGUUUCAUUUCC